CGCCUGUCAUCCUGGAUCCACCAACUCCUUCAUCGCCCCCUGCAUACCAUCUUCCAUUCAUCGCCAUCGUCAGCAAUACGCUCCCGCUCUUUGGCCGUUCCUCUUCAUCCUUCACAUAUUGGCAUCGCCUGGACUGCUCGACGCUGCGCCAGCGCCACGACCCAAGACCCGGGUCCUGUUUGCCUUUGCGAAGCCGCACACACUCCCUUUCACGUUUGCUGCUCCGCCCCGCCACUACAACAUAGCCAAUAUUUCUUUCCUCGAUUUUCGAGCUUAGCAUUACUGCUGUCACUUUUCCAUGAUGAUGGCUACAGAUGACUGGCGUAUCACCUCCAAGAUUGCUCAGGCAGAGCGGGAAGGUCGAACAUGGUGGAGCUUCGAGUACUUUCCCCCUCGUACUUCCCAGGGUCUGAGCAAUCUCUUCGACCGAGUUGGCCGCAUGUCAGACUUGGGACCAGCUUUCGUGGAUGUGACUAUGCAUGCAGGCGGGCGCACACUAGACCUGACCAACGACCUCGUCAAGAUUAUCCAGACUUAUCUUGGGGUAGAGACAUGUAUGCAUCUCACCUGCACGAACAUGCCUAGAGAGAAGAUCGACCGAGCUCUCGAGCUGGCAAAGGAGGCGGGUUGCCGGAACAUCCUCGCCCUGCGUGGUGAUCCGCCUGCGGGACAGCACGAAUGGACCCCUGAUGCUGCUGGCUUCACCUAUGCCCGGGAGCUGGUAGAGUACAUCAAGAAGAACUAUGGAGACUACUUCUCCAUUGCUGUUGCUGGCUUCCCAGAAGGCCACCCCGAGUCGAAGGAUGGCCGAGAGCUCGAGAUUGAGCGGUUGAAGGACAAGCUCGAUGCUGGAGCCGAUUUCAUCUUCACUCAGAUGUUCUACAACUAUGACAUCUUUGCCAACUGGGUCAAGGAAGUCAGGGCUGCAGGUAUCACAUGCCCAAUCGUACCUGGAGUGAUGCCCAUCCAGACAUAUGGAGGAUAUCAAAGGGCUACGGAACGCUUCGGUACCCUAGUGCCCCAGUACUUCCACGAUGCACUCGACCCCAUCAAGGACGAUGAUCAGAAGGUCAGGGAGGUCGGAACACAGCUGGUCGGAGACAUGUGCAAGAAGAUCAUCGACCCAAAGAAUGGUCUAGGCGUUUCCGGUCUGCACAUUUACACCAUGAAUCUGGAGCGCGGGUCUCGAAUGCUGCUCGAGUACCUCGACUUGGCUCCCACCCCACAACAGGUCAAGACUUUGCCUUGGACCCCUUCUUUGACUCCCAAGCGACGAGAGGAGGGCAUCCGCCCCAUCUUCUGGGCGAACCGAGCCAGGUCAUACGUGAGCAGGACGGAGACGUGGGACGAGUUCCCCAAUGGACGGUGGGGAGACGCUCGAAGCCCUGCGUUUGGUGAUUUCGAUGCCUACGGUGUCAAGCUGAGAUACACGAACGAAGAGGCGAAGAAGUUGUGGGGCGAGCCGGAAUCUCUGGAGCAGGUGAAGAAUUUGUUCAGAAGCUUCUGUAAUGGGGAAGUCAAAGCCCUUCCUUGGAGCGACAGCGGUGUUGCCAAGGAGACCACUGUCAUCAACCGACAGCUGGGGCUCCUCAAUGCGCUGGGCUACUUGACCAUCAAUUCGCAGCCCGCUGUUGAUGGAGUGCGAAGUGAAGACGAAGUACACGGCUGGGGACCCAAGGGCGGAUACGUCUACCAGAAGGCGUACCUUGAGUUCUUUAUCUCACCCAAGCAGCUGAACAAGCUCGUUGCGCAGAUCGAAGCAGACCCACAAAUCACAUACCACGCCGUGAAUGCUCGCGGUGACAUGAGGACCAACACCACCUCUGAAGCGCCCAAUGCCGUCACAUGGGGUUGCUUCCCCCACAAGGAGAUUGUACAGCCCACCAUCGUCGAGUCCAUCUCCUUCCUAGCAUGGAAGGAUGAGGCGUACGAGAUUGGCAGGAACUGGUCCAGGAUCUACGACGAGGGCAGCACGUCACGCAAGAUGCUGGAGAAGAUCUUCGGAGAUGCUUCGGAUGAGGCUGAUGACGACAGUGGAUGGUUCUUGGUGAAUGUGGUCCACAAUGACUUCAAGUCUCCGGAGGCCAUCUUCAAGCCCUUCCUGGCUGCAGCUGACCCCUCGACACUUCAGAGCCUCGCAAAGGGCACACUGAGCGAUGCUGUCACGGGACUGGUGGAUGGAGUCAAGGGCUACGGACAGGCCAUUGCCGAAACGCUCGACGGCGUCAAGAGUGCAGUGCUGAAUGGCAGCACGGAGGGCAAACAGGUCAAUGGCGCUAAUGGUGCUAGCCGUAUCACCGUUGACAGGUGAUCAGCUGCGCCGCUUGCCAGGCUAGAGGAGAGCAGCUCCACAGCAGCGAAUGCCCGACUCGUCAUCUCAACGAAUGUCACGAUAAUCAAGUACAGGUCUUCUCGAGACUCGACCAAAAGCGUAGACGGUACGCGCGUCAUUACGGGCGAAGCGUACUGUCACACAAACACCCAUUUCAACACUUUCCCAGCAUCUCAUCUCAUGUCACUCUCCCCCACACCAUACCUCGUCACCACUCGGGACGCUUCACCUCGUCCACCUGACUCCCCCCUUGCCACCCCCACCACUCUCCCCCUCUCCAUUCUGACCACUUCUUUUGUCGAUACUCUCGUCUCUUUCCUUCAUCGGUUUUCUCGCCCCUCCCACACACGUCAUCUGUAUUUCAACAUAGCAGGCAUCUCUCUUACAUCUGAAUGCAAAGCGAUUAAAAAUGAG